GAUCAGAUGAGGCAGGCAGUGGAUCACCAGUUCGUGAAGGCAGCGACUCACCAACAAGUCAAUCGUAUGCGCCAUCCGAAGCAGGCUCGACUGACAGCAGCAGCGGUGGCGGCCGCAUGUCAGGAACAAGUGUGCAUGCUGAGCCUGAACGAAACCUUCCUGGCUUACCUGCCGAUGAUGCACGCAACUCAGGCGGACUACGAGAUGUUCGAGAUGGCGGGGAUGGCGAAAUGGCCGUGGAGGUCCAUCCGGGGGAGAAUAGAGCAGAGGGUCUUAGUGAAAAUCCACGAAGCAAAAGGCAGACUGUCAUCCAGGGCCUCGUGCUGCGGCCAUCCCAAACCAUACGUCAACUCGAACGACAACAAGCCGGCCAAGGGCCUGAAAAAGUUCCAAUGCCGCGUCACCUUAUCCGGCAAAGAUGUUGUUGUGUCGAUGGACAACAAAAACAUGCUGGUCAUAAACGGUGCCUCCGCUCCCGCUGCCGGUGCUUUUCUCAUGCUAGGCGAACUGACAGCUGGUAACGAGAAGCUUAUCUCAGAAUGCCAGCAGGUCAAGAUGGGCUCUGGUAUCGUCAAUGAGACCGUCGCGUACUUUGGCUUGUAUGCCGGCCGUGCGUUUCUGCUGAUGCCAUGA